AUGGAGUCCCAAAUGUGGCAAGAGGUGCAAACAGCAUCUCGACCUUCCUCUGCUAUUGUGCAAACGCCUUUGCGCGUCACGGGUGUCCCAAUGAAGGGUGUCAUUCUUGCUAAUCGAAAGACUAUAUUCCACAAGACCCGCAUUUGCCCGCGUCUUAGUCUUGGUUCUUGCCACUUGGGUUCGCGCUGCAAUUUCGCCCACUCUAUAGAAGAGCUGCGGCCUGCUCCCAACCUUGACAAGACGAAACUAUGCCCUUCAGUAAUCCACCCGGGGACUCCGUGCUCCGCCAAAGCCAAAGGCGAGAACUGCAGAUUCGCCCACAGCAAAGCAGAGAUCCGACACACCUCCAACAUGUUCAAAACCAACAUGUGUCUAAAAUGGAUUCGUGGAAAAUGCAAGAAAGAAGCCCAGUGCAACCACGCCCACGGGUACCAAGAGCUGAAGUACUACAGAUCGCUUGCAAUGGCUAGCGGCUCUCGCGACUUCGCCCGGGAGAGCGAAGCCACUCUCACGCGCCGCCGGAAACAGCACAGCCAAAUAGCAGCCCCCGCAGCAGCCAGCGGGGGAGGGGGCAGCACAUUCUCUCUGCCGGGUUGGAAGGAGACAGGAACAGGUAGCCACCGUGGGCCGGGAUUUCAUCGCUCCUCCCGCAACGGCUCCAGCAGCAGGCAGCAGCAGCAGCAGCAGCAGCCCAGGAGCAGCAGCUGCGCGUCCGUCAACGCCGCGCUCGCUGUCUUGUAUGAAGAACUGUUCAAAGGCACCAGCAGGAGGGAAGGCAGCUGCAGCUCGGGGGGAGUUGGAGCUAAUUAUCAAGACGACAGCACCACAGCCACGGAUGAGCUUUCGGACUUCUCCUCCUUCUCCUCCAGAGGCAUUUCCGAUGCUUUGAGACCUUCGAGCAGCAGCUUCAGUUCCUGCGGGGGGCCCUUGCGUGCUUCGGCAUCGGAUAUGUUUCAGCUGGGGUCCCCCUCCUGUGCAGCAACGCCUACAAAGACACUGAACAGCAGCAGCAGCACCGGCGACUUCAAGUGGGACGUCAGCCAGUUGCUGCUGCUGAGGGCCAUCGCAGGGGAUACCGGGGGCCUCCUCGUGGGACCAUGCGAACAGCAGGAAGACACCAAUGCAAUUUCUGCGGGGGCUUCCGUCUGCAGCAACACAGGGGGUCUUACUGCUGAACAAGAUAACCUAAGGCAGCUGGAGGAAAGCCUUACGAGGCUGUGCUUGGCGGACAUGACUGGAAAGCCUCACUACUACACAGAACCUCCACCAGGAUUCGAACAUCUGCAGCAGCAGCCACAGCAGCAGCAGCAGCAGCAGCAGCAUGCGGUUGUGGAUUUGGACCGUCUUGCGACAGCUGAUGGUUUGGACUGA